CGCCGGCGCGAUCCUCAGUCUGUUACGGGGUCGUGAGGGGUACGCAUUGCUCUCGUCGAUUGGCCGUACCCGAGCUCUCUCCCGAGAGAGAACGAGAGAAGAAGGGAGAGAGAGAGAGAGAGAGAAAAAGAAAGAGAGAGAGAGAGAGAGUGCGUCGAGACGCGCGAAAAGCACACGCGCGCUUGACAGCGCGAGACGCGUGGACACGAGUGGUAAUCGAGUACGAGAACAUUUUAAAUAGCCGGUCGCCGUGUUGCUCGAUGCGUGACAAUUCAUCGCACGAAAAGUCGCGGUAAAGAGGAGGCGGAGAAGGAGGAGAGAAGAGAGUGCCUGUGUGCUCGGUGAGAUGACGGCGACUUGUGAAUUGCGAUAACGGGCUGGCCAGCGGGGUGACAGUGCACUUGGCGGCGACAAGAAGGAAGGAAGGAAGGAAGGAAGGAAGGAAGCAAGGAAGGAAGGAAGGAAGGAAGGAAGGAAGGAAAAUCAGCGGCGAGAGACGACACUGCGGCACGCGUUGACGGAGUAGACAACGACGACGACGACGUACGUUGCUGUCACUAAAGCUUGACGAGGCAGAAAUGGCACGGCGGGAGUCGCGGUGAGGAAAGGGCGAGGGUGAAGCCCUCGCAGGAAAGGGGAGCUAUGGUGAAAAGCUUGGGUUUCCUCGCCAAAAGGGCGCCACCUGCUGCCGUCCACCACCUCUUCAUCGUUUUGCUCGCUCUCACCCCCGCUUACCACGGCGUGGACCUCUCCCAAUGCAUCGCGCCGCUCGGCAUGGAGUCCGGCGCGAUCCCGGACGCGGAUAUCAACGCCAGUUCCAGCUUCGACACCGGAAACGUCGGUCCCCAACUGGCACGAUUGAAAUCGGAGAAUCUCGGCGGCGCCUGGUGCCCUAAGAACCAAAUCACCAAGGAAGCACGAGAAUGGCUGGAGAUCGACCUCCACACGAUCCACUUGAUCACGGCUACCGCUACCCAGGGCCGUUUCGGAAACGGCGUGGGCGUUGAAUACGCGGAGGCGUAUCUGCUGGAAUACUGGAGGCCGCGACUAGGCAAAUGGGUUCGAUACAGAAACAUCAAAGGACAGGAGGUAAUAACCGCUAACACGAACACGUAUUUGGAGUCCAAGCACGAGCUGGAGCCGCCUCUGUGGGCGAGCAAGAUCCGUUUUCUGCCCUACAGCUAUCACAGGCGGACAGUUUGCAUGCGGGUCGAGCUCUACGGGUGUUACUGGAGCGACGGCGUGGUGUCCUAUUCGAUGCCCCAGGGCGAUAAAAGGGGCAACGGAUGGGAAUUCUUCGACGCGACCUACGACGGCCACUGGGACGGCGAGCUGCGUCGCGGCUUGGGUCAGCUGACGGACGGCAGAACAGGACCUGACAACUUCAGGAUGGGCUACUACGAUAACGACCGCACCAACCAGGGCUGGAUAGGCUGGCGCAAUGACACUCGCAGCCAGCCGGUCGAGAUCAAGUUCGAGUUCGACAAAGUACGGGAAUUCUCCGCCGUCCACAUCUACUGCAACAACCAGUUCACCAAAGACGUCCAGGUGUUCUCGGAGGUCGAUAUCCUCUUCAGCAUCGGCGGCAAGUAUUACACGGGCAAGCCAAUUACCUACACGUAUAUGGAAGACAAGAUCUUCGAGUCCUCGCGGAAUAUCACGAUCAAGCUUCAUCAUCGAGUCGGAAAAUUCGUGAAGCUACGACUGCACUUCUCAGGCCGUUGGAUCAUGGUUAGCGAGGUGACCUUCGACUCCGACGUGGCGCACGGCAACUUCACGCCCGAGGAGGCACCGACGACCGAAUCGCCGAUCCAGAGUGACGUCUUCGUCGAGAAGAACGGCGCCGCCGAGGGCGAGCUUCCGGUCUCGACGGCGAAGCACGACGACCCCACGUACAUGGCGGUCGUGAUCGGCGUGCUGACCGCGGUGAUACUUCUGCUGGCCGUGGCGAUAUUUCUGAUUGUCUCACGGCACCGGCAACGCAAGUGUUUCGCCAGCCCGAUGACCGGCAAAGCCCCGUCCCACCUAGGCUCCACCUGCGCCACUGUCGAGAAAGGCGCGGCGCUGAUGGCGUACACCUUGGAGGACGACGAGAGGUACGCGGGCGGCUCGUUGCCGACUCUGCCGCGCGACCUCGGCAAUCGUCUCCUGGACAUCGUGAAGCUGGACGACUACCAGGAGCCGUACCAGGCGCUCAAGUACGCGCCCUACUACAGCUACAGCACCGUCGUUAUGGAGAUGAAAGACAUGAUGCUGAACAACAAGAGCACCAACAUCAAUCACUCAGCGGUGUACGCGAACGGUGCAGUUGACACGUCGUACGAUUAUGCGGUACCGGAACUCGGCACGGUGCCUCUGCUCAAUCAGGACGCCGGCGCCGGCCGCGGGGCGACCGUCUCCAACGCCAGCGGCGACCAGGACAGCCUCUUCUCCAAGAGUUCGCGCGGCACCAAGACCGAGGACAAGAAGUCGCCGACUCAACAGGAGGUGCUCUCGGCCCUGAAGAGACGUCUGGAGCAGACCAGCGUACCGCUCUUCCCACGGCAUCGCCUCCGCAUGCUCUCCAAGCUGGCCGAGGGGGCGUUCGGAACGGUGUACGUGGCGGAAGCUGAAGGGAUCCCAGAAUACGGAACGACGGCCACCCUCGGCAAGCGACUCGUCGCCGUCAAGUUUUUACUGCCGGAAGCCAGCGAGAAGGAAAAGUUGGACUUCCAAAGGGACGUGAGGAUCUUGGCCGCUCUGGAAGAUCGCAAUAUCGCACGGGUCCUGGGUGCCUGUUACCGCGAGGAGCCGUAUUGCGUGGUGAUGGAAUACCUGGAACACGGGGAUCUCUGUCAGUUCCUCAAGACGCAUAUCACUGCCGAGGACGCGCAUUCCAUGCCGAUUGGCGUCAAGACACUUAGUUUCAACUGUCUCAUCUACAUGGCAGCACAGAUCGCGUCGGGCAUGCGGUAUCUGGAGAACCUGAACUUCGUUCAUCGGGAUCUGGCUACUAGGAACUGCCUGGUCGGCAAAGCGUACCACAUCAAGAUCUCGGACUUCGGCACGGACAACGAACUGUAUUCCUGCGACUACUACAAGGUCGAUGGGGCCAUGCCGCUGCCGGUACGAUGGAUGGCCUGGGAGUCAAUAUUUCUGGGCAAGUACACGACGAAGAGCGACGUGUGGGCGUUUGCGGUCACCCUGUGGGAGAUCCUGAACCUCGGCAGGCGCGUACCGUACGAGCACUUGUCGGACGAGGAGGUGGUGCAGAGUCUGCGCCAGCUGCAUCACGCUGCCGACUGCGGCAGCCACGGCAGCAGCAACGCCAAUCCUGAGGACGGUUGCAAGGAGGACUCCGGCGGCGGCGGCGGCGGCGGCAACGUCGGCAACAACUUCGACUACUUGCCGCGGCCUACCGCCUCCUCCAAGGACAUCUACGACCUGAUGCUCGAGUGCUGGCGACGAGAGGAGAACGAGAGGCCGACCUUCCGCGAGAUAUCGCUCUUCCUGCAGCGGAAAAACCUGGGCUACGCACCGACGUCCUGAUAUUGAGCCCCGAGCAACGACUCCGGCGAGCACGACAACUUUCUCAACGGUUAUCCCGCGGGACUUCAGAACGGGCCGACGAGCGGCCCGGAAACGGGUCGGCGAGCGUGCGAUGACGGUGUGCCGCGUCCUUGCUCGAGAAAUCGCAGGAGUUGAAGUGGCCGUCAAAUGAGGGCGGAGGAAGGAGGAGGCGAAGAAAAGCUCCACGAUGGGAAAACGAUCGGCCGUCUUGCGCGUCACGGUAAAUUGUCGUAGUAUCGCUCAUACGCGACAUCGAAAUGACAAGUACAACGACGAUGACGACGAGAACGAUCGUCGCACCGUCUCCGUCAACGAAACGCCCGGACCUGGCGGGUCUGGAUCUACUGCCAGUGCCGCGAUCCGGGAUCCGUCGUCCCGCGACCUCGUCUCCACGACGCGUACCUUCGGAUAACGAGUAUACCGUUGAGGGCAGGAAGUGACCCUUAGGAUAGAUAGAAGAGUAAGGAAACGCGCGACGGGGUCUCUCGCUCCUUCCAAUGAAAAAACCUCUCGGAGGUUUCACUGUGUUAUAGCUUGAGUUGCCACGCGUGCGUCCGCACCGCGAGAGAACACGACAACAACCGCGAGAUCCUGACAACAACAGUAGGAACAUGACGACGGUGCUUGUGUGAUGCCGCCACUGUAUAUGUCGCCUCGUCUUCUCCAGAAGUUUCGUGACUGACACGAGGAGUGCGAAUUUUUUCGUGCCGAAAGCGGAAGAAAAGAAGUAGUAUGGAGCUGCGUAGUUUUCGAGCAGACGACAAGGACGAGAGAGAGAGAGAAAGAGAUAGAUAUAAUGAUAAAGCGAGGGCGGACGGACUGUGAAUCUGCGAACACGACAAUCGGACGAGAGCACAAUAAAAAACAGGAAAAUAAGCUUGCCCGUCGUAGAUGAUAGCAGCCGCGCGUAAUCCGCGGAAAAUCGAACGCGCGCACGUGCGCGCUUAUCGAAGGGAGACAACGACAACGAUGACGACGAAAUCGGCGGUAGUAGUGAUAGCGAAGAAGGACGAUCCUGCUCUCAAGAUCUCUCUCUCUCCCUCUCUCUCUCUCUCUCUCUCUCUCGCUUUUCUUUCUCUCUCUUUCUCUCUCCUGCAAUCUCGUCGACAGCUUAUUAGGAGCAAUACGUGUGUAAUUAAUAAAAUAAUAGUAAUGUACAGCUAUGAACAUUCCUACGUGGACUGACGAGUUCUGGAAUCCCGUUUGACCGUAAUUGUUAAGAAAGAAAAAUAAAGGGGGGAAGGAAAGGAAGGAGAAGAGAAAGAGGAAGAGAGAGAGAGAGAGAGAGCACGCAAUACCCACAAAAGAUAGAAAAGGGAUCGUUUACUUAAGGAAGAUAAUUAGCGGGAUCUCUCCCUCGAUGGAAAUUAUAUAUCAUUUCGAUUGAGAGGGGUUUCACGGAGUAAAGGAAGAGAGAGAGAAAGAAAGAGAGAGGGGGGGAGAAGGGAAAGGAAUACGAAAAGAGAGACAUCGACGGUAUGGCAAUAUAGUAUGGCUGUAUAGUACACACCGAUAUCAGACGCUAAAGCUAUGACUGUCGAGUUAAUCAUCAUGGAGAGAAAGAGAGAGAGAGAAAGAGAGAGAAGCAAUGCAAAUAUGAAUAUUCGUAAACGUGUGGGUGCCUGUUUCCCGCCCAUUCUUUCUCCCUCUCCCUAUUUAUACCCCCUUCUAUUCUUCUUCACCGCUCUCUUUUACUAUCUGAACGUGUAUAUCGUAAUAUCGUCCCAGGUACUCUGGGUCUCUCUAAUUGUGAGACGAAUCUACUUUGUGCGUAUGCGUGUGUGCGUGCGUGCGUGCGUGCGUGCAUGUAAUUUACAUCGCGAGAUCCGUUAUCGUCAUGAGACGCACAAUGUAUCGCGCGAGACGACAGAAACGUUAUCGCAUAUGCGUGUCUGUUGACGAUCAGCGAUCGGAGGAAUUCGAGAAUCGUCUCGCGCUUUUCCGCGAGACGCUAUUUUUUCGUCUGUGUGUAUCCGGAUUUUCGCGCGUGUGUAUAUAUAUAUACAGCGCGUAUACGCAAUAAUAUACGAAGCGCGAGGUGUAAUAUAAAUCAUAAGUCUCGACGAACGGAGGAUGUUCUCGGGAUAAACUCUUACUGGCGGCGGCGAGGGGAAAAUGAGACAGUCGUCGGGUGAUUGUAAAGAUUUCUCGAUAGUAAAUGUUUUCUUCGAAACGUGUGUAUCACUAUUUCAAUCAACAAUUAAGAAAAAAAAUAAACAGAGUUUGUACGUGGGUGAAACUACGUUGAUGUCGUGUAAACUCUAGACCGAGUAUUCUCAUAAGUUGUAAGUUAAGCGCGCGAUGAGCGCAGGCGAAGGGGGUAAAAGACGCGUUCUACCUGUUCUCAACAUCGAGAGAUCGGUAAUAGGCUAUACGUAUCAUGACUAUGACACAUCAUAAUUAUAACUUUAUAACGAUAGGCGGGAUCAAUGAAAAAAAAAAGAAUUAGAAUAUUGUAUAUAUACAAUAAGGCGCACUUCUAUGUGUGUAUGUGGUAAGAAGCGUUAUACAUUGCGAAUUUCGGGAGAGAAUGAGAGAGAAUAGAUGAGAUCGGACGGAAUCGGGAAGCGAAUUGCAUUUUGUUACACGCGGAAGAGAAAAAGAAAGAGAACGCGCGCGGUUUCACGUCCCGCGCGCUUUCUUCGCAUGUGCACAUCCGUUAUUAACGUAUGGACGAAAGAAAACCGGGACAGGAGGAGGAGAAAAGAAACGAAAAGAGGUACGGAAACUGUUUAGCUUCCGAAUCGACGAGAUAUUCGUGGCGCGAAGUGAUGGACGAGCACGACGAGAAUUCGACAUAUCGGAACGUUUUUUUCCUGUGAAAUUUCGACGAGGCGAGAAACGCGUGGAUAAAAAUCGAAUAAAAGCCAAGUAAAACGAUCGCAUCCUGUGAACGUGUCGGCGGCGUUCGUCGACGACAACGACAACGACGCGCGAAUUUGCCCGGCAUUUGCGCGUCGCAACACCGUCUCCGAUCGCAUUCCGAUGUAAUUUCGAAUCGACACUUCUCUUAGGUUCCACUUAUUUAUAUACACCAGAUGGAUACACUAUGAACUUAUGCGACAUUUUUAGCGGAUAGGCGAUGUUACCGUUAUACCAUUAAAAUACUAUUUAUAUAAAUUAAACGUAAUAUACCGCGUAAUAAAGAAUAGAGACGAUAUGGAGACAUAGCCAUACGUAGUUGUGAGGUAUUCGCGUUGAAUUUAAACGUAACUGGAAUUGCUUCUACAUCUUCCUCCACCGAGGGACCGCGGAGUGUCCAAGGCGAGUGAACGAAACAAACGAAAUAAUAGACAAAAUUAGGAGAGAGCAGAACAAAAAUUUCACAUGUACACAUAUACACACAUAACAAAUACGAUCAGUGCGAAAUUACGCGCGUGAAUUCUGAGCUAACAGGAAUAUAGGCAACAUUUUUUAUCUUGCCAAGAAGAGAAAGAGAGGGAGAGGGAGAAAGAGAGAAAAAUAGAACAAAAUGAAAAUAGUAAUAAUGCCGACCGAUCGACGCGAUUGGGUAGUUACGAAUGCGUGAUUUACGUGAUAUUUGCGUAAAAGGGAGAGAGAAAGAGAAAGAUAGAAAGCGAGAGUGUGACACAGAUCGCGACAUAUACGUAUAAUUUUGUGCCAUCGCGAGGAACCGCGGCCGAUCAAUUAAUUAAAUUCGCCACCGGUUGUGACUGAGUUGAAAACAAUAAUAAUAAUGAUAACUGAAACUACCGUACGUCACGGUACGUGUUUUUAGUCCGAAACAGACUGCCAUUACCUACUACCUUGAAAACGAUAAUAGAGAACGGAUUGUAGUUGCGUUUAGAUUCGCCAACAUAAGCAUAACGCUGCCUUUGGCUAUAUUGUUGCCCCUUACUGCUAACGAGUAACUCACUUGUCUACUCAUGUGAUAAUUUAGUAUAUCUCUACGUACCUACCUGUACCUACCAAUUCGAAGUUCUUCGUGGCGAAAGGAUUAUCUCGGUGUCCUUUUUUUUCUUUUCGUCUUAUCGCUUUGCGUUUGAUUCUCGGUAAUUUAGCCGGAACAUUAAUUCACGAUCAAUCCUCUUGACGAAAAUCUGACACAUGCAACUACGAGGAUCGAUCGAGAACCUGAGGACUUCCGAUCCAGUUUGGACCGAACAACUUCGCCGAAUGCGUAAAUUCACAGCAUAGGGGCUGCUCCGGGAUUUCUUGAAAAUUGCGAAAGAAGAAAAAAAAGAAAAUACGCGACGACGAUUUGUCGUGAGUAAAUGACACGUGUAAUCCUUUCUCUACGCAAAGACUCGCUAUUAUAAUCUAGAUAGCUUACUUCUACCUAGUGUGCCCUUUUUCCAGUGAUGGUUAAUUAUGUUCUUUGCGGACAAUUCGAGCUCUGCCAAUAUGGCGUCACCGGGGUAACAAACUGUUCAGAAUCACAUUUCCGAAAGAGAGAGAGAGAGAGAGAGAGAGAGAGAGAGAGAGAGAGAGAGAGAGAGAGAGAAGCGACAGCCGGAUACAUUUGGCUCGUGCGUUCCAUAACAUACACGCUGAGUCGAUGCGAGAUUUCGUUUCUUUGAAGGCUCAAACUUAAUUGCAACGACAUCUCCAAAACCCUCAUCGCGAUACGCAUACACACAUAUCUGUACACACACACACACACGUACAUACGCUACUGAUUCCUUCGGUACAUAUAUAUAUUUUUAAACACAUUUAUAAUCGACAAUCACGCUUGCCUCGGAAUUUUAGGGGAUAUAUUUAGCGCCGAUCGCGAUUUUCUUGGAAUACGAGCAACAGUAUUUCGCGAUUAAUUUGUUCAUUAUGAGACGCGCGAGUACGGCUCUCAAAUAGAACGGAACUGAUUUUUCUCUAUGGAGGAAUGCGUACAAUAAUUUCGUUUGCGCACGAAAAAGAAGAUAUUUAUGUGUUUCUUCACGCAUGACAGCCAUGAGUAGAAACACGUGGACGAUCAUUUGCGCGAUCAUACGAGGAGAAUCAUUUUCUCAAGGCAGACGCGAAUAUCAUUGAAUUCCUCGAAUAAUAAACUUGUUGUUAAUUACGGUCUAUUUUUUUCACUGCGAACAACUGAAGCCGCGCGCAUUGUGUAUACGGUCGUCGUGUUGUUUGUCAUUUUAGUCAAUGGCUACGUUCAGCAGAACAAAGUGAUCAGUGAGCGCUUAAUGAUUAUUAUCUGUGACUGGGCAUUCUUUUAGAUUCUUCAUAGAUCCAGAAGUAUUUACCAAUCAGGAGCGAGAGUCACUAAGCGCUCACUGAUCAUUUUGUUCUUCUGAACGCAGCCAAUCAUUUGUCGCAUAAAGUCAAAACGAUGAAACUGUAAAACUGCAUCGCGUAUAUAAAAAGUAGCGCCACGAUGGCAAGUCCAAAGAUCGCGACGAUGAGAUCGAUUAUAAUGUUAAUGUACACCAAGUUUUAGUAUCAUAAGUACAAUCUCAUUUCUCAGCACAGAAACAUUUGAAAUUUUCAGCUAAAUAUAACAUAUCCAAAUAUUUAUGCAUCAUGAUAUUGUUGGUUAAUAAUAAUUGAUUAAUAAUCAACAGUCAUUGUGUAAUAUUUAGAUACAAUGUAUUUGAUUGAAAAUUUCAAAUGUCACUGUAGGAUUGGGACCGCAUUUAUGAAGCAGAAAUACCAACCUACUCCAAGCCAAAUUAUUAUCAAAACGCAAUAAAUUAUGUAUGAAAACAUUUGUCAAUUUUUUCCUUUCAAAAGUAAUUUUUCUACUUCAACGAUUAAAAAGUUACGAAUGGUUAGAUAGUUUAGGAUUAAGCUACCAAGCCAUUAUGAAAAUAGCGUAGACAUUUACAAUUAGUAACUUCUUAAUGCUUGAAGCAAAAAAUUAUUUUUGGAGGUAGACAGAUGGUAAAAUAUUAGCAAAUCAUUAUCACAUACAAUUUAUUGUAUUUUAACAAUUUAGCCUGGAUAGCUUAAUACACCUUCGUGAAACUUGAUCUACAUCUCUAUAAUCUACAAUCAUGUCACGCAUAUAUGUGCACCACGAGUAAAUUUGUUUCGCGCGAGCACACGAUGAAGCAUAAUUUCUAUGUAAUACCAGAUUGUUAACCUCUAUCGGUGGAAUUGCGCGGGGAAAUCUACAGGUAAUCGCGGGAAAACUGGGGAGAGCUCAUCUAGUUGUAUCUUCUAUCCAGGUAGGAGCAACACACGGCCACGCUUGAUGAUUUCGAACGUUCCUCUUUCCUCUCUUUCUCUCGCGAAGAGAGUUGAGAAAUCACUCCGCAGAAAUCGCGAAGGAUCACAUUCUCGAACUCGAGAGACGAGGGAGAAACCCGAAAUCGGCGAAACCAAGACCACCGAACGCCGUGGGUUGCCCAUAUCUGUUCUAACGCUAUCGAACCUUGAUCGUUAUAGUCAUAAAAUUAUUUUGUACUAAAAACUGUUUAUAAUUUUGUAUCUAAUCUCUGUAAAUAUCAAGCAGAUUGUCUAUGAGUAAUAAAGCUUAAACAAACUCGA